AUGGAUAGGGUGUUCUCAGUGGAUGAGAUGGCAGACCCAUUUUGGUCGCCGCAGCCACCGUCGAACCGGCUGGAUUUGGAAGAGGAGGAGCAGUCUUCGUCCUCCGCCACUGCUGCAUCGUCCUCCUCAUCGAAGGCGAUGAAGAUGAACCGGAGUUCAUCAGAAUGGGCAUUUCAGCGUUUCCUACAGGAAGUCGCCACAACUGAUCAUUCCCCGGCGUCAUCGAUGAAUCUUCAAAACGCUGACGUUGUUGAGAUCGAAGACAAUAGUCAUCAGUCCAACCAAAGUGAGUUUAAUAAUGGUAAUUCUAAUCAGCAUCGGAAGAUGGCGGCGGCAGUGGCUGGGGGCUCUUUACAGCCUGCUAUUCCAGUGAAUUCUGAUGAGUACCAGGCCUUCCUUAAAAGCCGCCUCGAGUUGGCUUGUGCCGCCGUGGCGUUUACCAGGGCAGCUAAUGUAAAGGCUCAAGAUUUAGCAGCUGCGACUUCUGACAACGGGUCGCAGACCUCUAAUUCAUCGCAGCCACGGCCUCAGGUUCUUCAAAAAGCUGGUCGGGGUUUAUCGAGAGGAAAAGAUAAGGACUCUAGUGUACCAAUUGGUGUACCUUCCCUCCCUGCAAUGCCAAGAAAAUCUGUGACCCAGGUGAAGUCAACAACUAGUGGAUCAUCUGGGGACCAGUCAGAUGAUGAUGAAGCUGAGGGAGAUGCAGAAACAACUGAGAAUAUGGACCCUACAGAUGCAAAACGCAUGAGAAGGAUGCUCUCAAAUAGAGAAUCUGCUAGGCGCUCGAGAAGAAGAAAGCAAGCCCAUUUGACGGAGCUCGAAACACAGGUAUCUCAACUAAACAUGGAAAACUCUUCUUUAUUAAAGCGCCUCUCUCACAUAAAUCAGAAGUACAGUGAAGCAGCUGUUGACAAUAGAGUUCUGAAAGCUGAUGUUGAGACAUUGAGAGCAAAGGUGAAAAUGGCAGAAGAGACUGUCAAAAGGGUUACCGGAUUGAACCCUCUGUUCCAAGCCAUGUCUGAAAUAUCCACGAUGGCUAUGCCAUCUUUCGGUGCUAGUUCCGAUACAUUAGCAGAUGCUGCUGUACCAGUGCAAGAUGUCUCAAGACAGCAUUAUUAUCAACCUCCUCCUGAUAACCACCUGCCGACAAAUGAUCAUAGGGUUCAAAACAGUUCGGUGGAUAUUCCUCCGGUGGAUAACAUAGAGCAGAAUUCUGCAACAGAAGUCAGGGUGGACGAUGCCGGAAUGACUGUUUCUAUGCAGCGAGUGGCUAGCUUGGAACAUCUGCAGAAGCGAAUCCGUGGUGGACCAGGAAAACAUUAA